GCACAGCACCCAGACCCAGAGGGAACGGUUGUCGAGAAAAACUUUUUGACCAGCCAAAAACGCUGGAAUGAAAGUUUCAAAGAUUAAAACCUGAAUGAGGUUGGUCAAUAAGAGUGGAGGUGGAUGAAGAAGAAUCGGCUUAGAGAGGUUUCCAUAAACUCUGCCUUCAACACGUAUUAGUCAUGGAGUUACAGAAGGUCUAUUAGUCUUUAUUCAAGAGGCUAUAACAUCUGAGUGCUGCCAAGAAAUGUACAGAGAAGGCACACUGGGAAAGGAAAACAAGCAGAUUCUUUAUGGAAAGAAGGAGAAGCCAACGACAGAACAAUCUGUGUCACCUGACUGCUCGGACUCACAGGAAAUGACAUCAGAAGUGUUUGAGUUCACCCUCAGGGAGGGGGCACUGACUCGGGAGGAGGGAAGGAAACAUUCACUCUUCUCUGCCAAGCAGAAGAGACAAUGUGGACAGACAGGUGGACCCAAAGUGGAGGGCAGCUUCCAAAGGACCAAAUCAAGGGGCCCGAGGGUCUUCUCUACCAAAGGACAGGACAAAGACAUCAAGACAGAGGAGCCUCGUGGACUUGGGCCAUUCUACUUCUUUGGAGGAACCAAUGGGGCUGAAAUAGUGUGCAGCUACUGCGAGAGGAGAGGAUGGAAGAGAAUUUACAACAAGCAAAGGGAAGAUUUCAGGCUCAAGUGGUGCGAGACCAAAUCUCAAAUUAACUACAGCCGCUUCAAGCAAGGUAGACACUUGGUGUUCCAGAUACCCAACAACAUGGUUCUCACCACCAAAAUCGGCCUCCUCAACAGCCUGCGGGAAUUUGAGAGAAUAAGCAGCAAAAUCAAAUACAAAUAUGGACACAGGUAAACCACACAGACAGUCU